UGCAGCAAGCAUCACCAUACAAAGCAGCACAAAAAGAUGAAGCUACUUUUUAUUGGUUUAUAUUUCUCCUGUAUUCUUCUGGGUGCUAUCCUUGAUGCCAGACCUGUGCACGAGGAGGAUGAUCGAUAUUUGGAUGCCCCAGCUCACCCUUACUGGCCCUUCUCUACCUCAGAUUUCUGGCAGUAUGUAAACCAUUUCCGUGCCAUGGGCGCCUAUGAAAACAUCAAUGACUUGGCUCGUACAUUCUUUGCCCACUACCCUAUUGAAGAAACUCUGGGAUAUGAUCACACCGAUCAUUAGGAGGCUGUUUCUAUUUCCCCUGCUAAUCUCCAGUAUAGUUGUAUAUACACAAGCACUAUAUUCCUGAAGAUUUCCCCCCAGAGAUGACAGGCUGUGCCCACAUGCAAAAUCCAAUCAGUUUGCUCACUGUCGGUGCACCAGUCUGUCCUUCAAUAACUGUCUUGAAAAUGUUAUGCUUU